AUGUUUGGAAUCACUCGUUGUAUCAUGCGUGGGGCUUCUAGGCAGCAGCUCACUGCCAAGCGUGGUCGUAACCAUUAUAAGGGAACUGGAAGUGGCUCUAUGGGUCGCCAUACUAAGCGUGGACGAUAUGUGAUUGAAUGGGAAAAGGUCCGUUCGUUUGUAGUGCCAGAUCUGACUGAUUUCAAGGUAAAUAGAUGGAUCGAGCAGAAAAUUUUCCUCCGCUGUUACUCUUUUAAGUUGUAUAUCGUCGUCAAUUACACUACGUUCGCCUGGAUAUAG